AUGGAGGAUUCAGGUUCUAGCACAGUAAAUUCACUAUUAGAAACUGAACAAUCAGACCAUUCGACUUAUGCUAAUAAGAAAAAUAAAAGAGGGCGAUCUAAAAACCUACUUUGGACUAAUCAUUUUAUGGAAAUUACAAUCAAGAAGGUGGUCACAGAGGUUUUAGAAAAUGAUGAGUUUAUUUUACCACAUGAAUUACAAAAUUUUAUACAAGAUCGGCAGUUUUGGGAGUUUUGGGCUAAUACUGAAGCUUUAGUAAAAGUUUUAUCUCCUGCCAAAAAUGCAGUUAAAAUAGUUGAAUCUAAAACUACAACAACUGCUGAUAUUUUUUUAUUUCUUAUUCAAAUAGCAGCAGCUAUUAAUAUGCUUAAAAAAGAUGAUUUAACAGAACGUAUAGAAUUUCGCAAACAAUGUAUGAAAAAUUCAAUAUUUCAUCAAAUUUUGCAAAUAGCACUUGAAAUCUGGAAAAAAAUUGGUGGUGAAUUAUCAGGUGCAAAUACACUUGUAGCACAAAUUAAAAUGUAUGAUGCAUUUGAACCACCAUAUAAUUAUACUUUUGUGAAAGGAAUUGAAACUUCACAAACCUGGUGGAAUGGAUGUAAAUUUAAAAGUCAUCCGUUACAAAAACUUGCAUUAUAUUUAUUAGCAAUUACUCCACAUAGUGCAAGCUGUGAAAGAAUAUUUUCAAUUCUAA